CAUUUUGAGGAGAUAUGUCAGAUCCAAACAAUUACAAGGCAACAGGUGUACAAACACCAACGGCACCUCCAUGCUCUGUAGACACGGAGAGCCAGACUCCAGCGACCGGAGGCACACAGACACAGACACAGAAUCCUCCGGUGGCUGGCACUGGGAUGGGACAAUUCAUCGAGAGAUGGAAGAGAGAAGAUAUGCUGAAGAAGGGUUGUUUCGGCUUACGCUGUAUUGCUUUGCUUUUCUCAUUGUUUGCUUUCAUAAUCAUGGCUAGUAAUAAGCAUGGUGAUUGGAGAGAUUUUGAUAAAUAUGAUGAAUAUAGGUAUUUGCUAGCUAUAGCAAUUCUAUCUACAUUGUAUACAAUAUUGCUAGUGCUGAUUCAAGUUUACCAACUUUCAACUAACAAGGAAAUAUUUUCGCUGAAGAAUUCAGCUUUUCUCGAUUUUUUUGGUGAUCAGUUGAUGGCAUACUUGUUACUAUCAGCUGCUUCAUCUGCUGUCCCGCUGACAAACAGAAUGAGAGAAAAUAAUGACAACAUAUUCACAGAUUCUUCAGCAUCAGCAAUCGGCAUGGAGUUUGUGGCAUUUCUAGCUAUGGCAGUGUCAGCUAUCGUUUCUGGAUAUAAACUUUCGAAACAAACCUACAUUUGAUAAGAUAGAUAGUACUUAAAACAUACUGUUUCAUUGAUAAUUCUUUUGAUUCUCUACAUUUCCUUCAUUUGUUACAAAUGUAUCCACCUUUUGCUCAUUGAAGAAGUCCUCUUUCUGUAUCUUGCUCUGUGUUGUUCGUUUGGUAAAUCAAUUAGUUGAGGUGUAGAAGUUUCCACGAACUUCUAGAAACAUCAUAUGCAGACGUAGUCAAAUCUGAUUUUUGCAUCAAGAAAAGAUGGUAACCAAAUGUUGAUACCAACUGAAGGACAAUGCUUACUGAUAGAUGUAACUACUCGCGUAGAAAGUGAUUAUUUUAAUAAUGCAGUUUAUCGUCAAAGUCUAGAAAUGAACUCUGGUAUGGUUGGUGGAAGUUUCUUCUUGAUUUAUUGUUAAGCAAAAAUGAGAAACUCAGAGGAAUACAACUGAACGGUAACUUCUAAAGAAUGAAUAUUCAACUUCACACACGAAAAAAAAAAUAUCAACUUUCAACCAUGUAACCUCAGUCCCACCUUACACUGAUAAAUUUGUGUAUACAAAAAAGAAAAAUCUUAAUAAGAAGUUACAGAUGCUAAGAAAUCCAGAGCUAGGCUCGAAACAAAUAAAAUAAUGGACUAACUCUUAUUGUGGAAUCGUAAAACCUAACUACAUAUUCUAGAAGGAAAAAAAAACUAUCAUAAGUUACAAC